GGAUUGAAGCUGCCUCAACCGCCAGUCCGGAAGGUGAGGGCUACAGGACGCCUUCGUCCAUCAGCGAGUUUCCAGAGUGGCUGUUCAUGUGCGUGAGGGCCCCAGCUUCCGCAGCGGCAGUACGGACCCCUCCGUUCAGCAAUCCUAGCAACGGCGCAAGUCGGUUCGCCAAAGCUUCGGACUUCUGGACCCGCAAAGAAUCCGACCAGCCCCAGUUCCCCUCGAACCGGCACCUGCGCGAGGAGACCUGGGCUCUCAUUGACUACGACGAAAGCGAAACCGACGACGGAAGCAAUUCGGAGAUUCGAGAGGACGUGGACAUGGCCGACGUCGAGCCCGAACAGAACGAGGCCAUCGAAGGCGAUGGCCAAGUGAACGCUUCACCCGCAGGCAGUGUCCUGCGCCAGGCGCGCUCUCGCGUCAGCACUGGCAGCGGGCGUUCCAGCGGCAGGCGCAGCCGCUCUGCAAGCACAGGGGACAUCGCGGAUUCCCACGAAGCAGCUCCUAAGCAGCCUUGCGCACUAUCGCUCUCGGAAGAUGCCUUCUUCGGCCUUGAGAGCUCACGCGAUGAGUCGAAGAGUAGACCAACCGAGCGCUCGCCCGGCUCCGCGACGAGCAUUUAUGGCACGGCCCUUCGCUCAGCAGAAGAGCCUGCCCUUGCUUCGUCCCGUGCUGGGCCCGAGCGGCGACCCGAGGGCGCGGCGAGCGGGUUGGGGCGGGUGGCGCCGCCUUACGCA